CAAAAUGCGAUGGAGCAGCGCGCAUCGGAAGGCCUUGACGGCGGAGCGCAGGCCUCGGUUGACGGCGGCGGCAGCGGCAUGGAGGCCCUGCGGGUGCUGGAGCUGUACAGCGGCAUCGGGGGCAUGCACCAGGCACUGAGAGAGAGUGGAGUACCUGCCCAAGUGGUGGCUGCUAUAGAUGUAAACACGGUCGCUAAUGAAGUGUACAAGUACAAUUUCCCUCACACACAGUUACUGGCCCGGACAAUUGAGGGCAUUACGCUAGAAGAAUUUGACAGGUUGUCUUUCAAUAUGGUUUUAAUGAGUCCGCCUUGCCAGCCAUUCACCAGAAUUGGCCUGCAAGGUGACGUGAAUGAUCCAAGGACAAAGAGCUUUUUAUAUUUUCUAGAUAUUCUCCCCAGGUUAAAAAAUUUACCGAAGUAUAUUCUUUUAGAAAAUGUUAAAGGUUUUGAAGUAUCUUCUACAAGAGAUCUGUUAAUACAAACAAUAGAAAAUUGUGGAUUUCAGUACCAAGAAUUUCUAUUGUCUCCAACCUCUCUUGGCAUUCCAAAUUCUAGACUCCGCUAUUUCCUGAUUGCAAAGCUUCAGUCUGAGCCAUUACCUUUUCAAGCUGCCGGUCAGAUACUGAUGGAAUUCCCCCAAAUUGAAUCAAAACAGUGCCCCAAACCUGCAACAGAUGCAGAAAAGAAAGCUGAGGAAAAGCAAAAAGAGCCUAACACUUGCUUUGAGGGCAUCAGACAGACUUCCCCAAAGGGGCCCGUUUUGUUCAAACUGGAAACAAUAGAAGAAAUCAACCGGAAACGUCAACAGGAUAGCGAUCUCUCUGUGGAGAUGUUAGAAGGCUUCCUAGAAGAUGGCUUGGACCCGACACACUACUUCAUACCCCCAGAGUCCUUAUUGCGAUAUGCCCUUCUGUUAGACAUUGUUACACCCACCUGCAGACGGUCUACGUGUUUUACCAAAGGUUAUGGAAGAUAUGUAGAAGGGACGGGAUCUGUCUUGCAGACUUCAGAAGAUGUGCAGAUUGAAGAGAUCUACAAAUCCCUCGACAAUUUGUCCCAAGAGGAAAAGAUCACAAAACUUUUGAUGCUUAAACUUCGUUAUUUCACUCCCAAAGAAAUAGCAAAUCUCCUUGGAUUUCCCCCCUCAUUUGGAUUUCCUGAGAAGAUAGCAGUGAGACAGCGUUAUCGUUUACUUGGAAAUAGUCUUAAUGUGCUUGUUGUAGCUAGAUUAAUAAAAAUCUUAUAUGAAUAA